AGUAACAACACAAACAUGGCGCCUACUCGCUGCCAUACAGACUGACGCUGGAGAGCAACAAAGUUUCCUGGAAUACACAGAGCGCGCUCAUCGCGUACAUUGCUGGGACGUUUUAUUCUCGCUUGAGACGGGGUGAAAGCUGCAACUUGCCUACAUGUCAACGUGUUUUCCUGUAGACGUCUGAACAGCUGGCCCAUCCAGACAUGAUUGAGGAUAAGGGUCACCGCGUGACGGACUACUUUGUUGUGGCUGGCCUGACAGACAAGUCCACCCCACUAGAACAGGAUCUGUCUGAAGCCAAGUCCAGCAGGCCCAAGUCUGCCAUCACAGAUCUGGCCGUCAUCAACAAGUCAGCCGGAGAAACAGUCCCUGAAGGUUUCACAUGCAUUGAGAGCACCUACAGCGGCCAGCCAGCCAAUCUCAACCAUGGCAGUCUCAAGAGCCCCGAACUCUUUCUGUGUUACAAGAGGGGUCGUGGAAAGUCCUCACUGAUUGAUAUUGGGGUGCUGUAUGAGGGUAAAGAGCGGCUCAUACCGGGCUGUGAGGUCAUCAAGGCCACACCUUUUGGCCGUUGCGCAAAUGUCAACAACAGCUCGGCCACAUCCCAACGCAUAUUCAUCACCUACCGUCGAGCGCCCCCUGUCCAGCCGCAGAACUCGCUGGCUGUCACUGACAUAUGCGUCAUCAUCACAAACAAGAGCGAAACUCCACCUCACACUUUCUGCAAGGUGGACAAGAAUCUCAACUGUGGCAUGUGGGGAUCAAGUGUCUAUUUGUGCUACAAGAAGUCAGUGUCUGCCUCCAACUCCAUCGCCUAUAAGGCUGGUCUGAUCUUUAGAUAUCCAGAGGAAGACUAUGAAUCAUUUCCCCUCUCAGAGUCUGUGCCCCUGUUCUGCCUACCUAUGGGGGCCAAGAUCGAGUGCUGGGCCCCCAACACACGCUACCCAUUACCUGUCUUCUCCACAUUUGUCCUGACCAACUCCAAUGGAGAAAAGGUGUAUGGAGCUGGUAUACAGUUCUUUGAGCCGUAUCCUGUGGAGGGCCUCAGUGAGAAACAGAAGAUCCAACUAGGUCUGCUCUCUGUUGUGGACAAGAACGUCAUACCCAACCUCACUGUGAACACCAACAAGUGCAUCUGCCUGCUGUCCCGUUGGCCUUUCUUUGAGUCAUUUAGGAAGUUUCUCAUGUUCCUGUACAAGCUAUCUGCCAAUGGAGUCAACCCACUGCCCAUUGAGAAACACAUAUCCCACUUCAUGCACAAUGUCUCCUUCCCUUCACCUCAGAGGCCCAGAAUACUGGUGCAGCUGUCAGCACAUGACACCUUAAUCCUGUCCCAACCUGUUUGUACACCUUUACCACUAAGUGGAGCAGACUAUAGCACUCUGCUCAUGAUUUUGGGCCCAGAAAACUGUGCCACACUUCUACACUUCAUCCUGCUGGAGAGCAAGAUCCUGCUGCACUCCCUUAGGCCAGCCGUACUGACUGGAGUGGCUGAGGCCGUUGUGGCGAUGAUCUUUCCAUUCCAGUGGCAGUGUCCGUAUAUCCCUCUGUGUCCUCUGUCUCUGGCUGGAGUCUUGAACGCACCAUGCCCCUUUAUUGUGGGCGUGGACUCUAGAUACUUUGACCUCUUUGAUCCCCCACCUGAUGUAGUCUGUGUGGACCUGGACACCAACACUAUAUAUUUGUCUGAUGAAAAAAGACACAGUAACUGGAAGAACCUCCCAAAGAAGUCAUGCAAGAGUCUCAUCAGCUCACUGGGAAACCUGCAUCACCAGCUUGCCACUGUUCGGCAGGCAGCACUAGAAGGCUCGGCGGUGGAGAUGACUCCUAUCGAGGCUGACUUUACCUGGCAUAAGAAGAAGACAGAGUUGGAGAUGGAGAUCCAGGAGACGUUCUUGCGCUUCAUGGCCAUCAUUCUGAAGGGCUACAGAAGCUACCUCAAACCCAUCACGCAGGCACCUUCUGAGAAGGCUACUGCUGCCGACUCACUCUAUGACCUGCAAGGAUUCCUGAAGAGUAGAGACCGUGCUCACCAGAAGUUCUACUCUCAGCUCACCAAGACUCAGAUCUUCAUCCGAUUCAUAGAAGAAUGUACUUUUGUCAGUGACAAAGACACCGGCCUGGCCUUCUUUGAUGACUGCAUUGAGAAACUUUUCCCUUCCGACAAAGGAACGGACAAGGGCACAAAGGUGGAAGGGGAGUCUUUUGAGGAUACCAGGUUGAUGGAACUUGAUGAGUCGCAGAAGAGUGAGCAUACAGUCUUCGUCAUGCCUCCCGAACCGCCUCCAGAAGACGGCCCUGACCCUGCUCCAAAAUACUGUUAUAAGAAUUUCCCUUGUUUGCGGUUGGAGUUGUUUGAUCGUCCGCAAGAGCUGAGGCCAGCGCUGAGCACUGGAGCUGCAGGGGCCAGUGUGUCCAGUAGCCCUGCCCUGCUGGCCAAGAGAACCAAACAGGAAAUCAAAAUGGCCUACAAGUUGGCAAAGCGUUUCUACUCCAAUCCACCAAUGUGGGCGAAGUGUCUUUUCAGUCACUGCUACAGUCUGUGGUUUAUCUGUCUUCCUGCUGGCAUGCGCAUAGCACAGUCCAAACCCAGAGCUAUGCAGCAGGCCUUCAACGUUCUGCUCAAGAUGAGGAGCUCUGAGGUGGAGGUGCUCGAUGAGGUGUGUUACCGUGUGGUGAUGCAGUUGUGUGGUCUGUGGGGGAUGCCAGUCAUGGCUGUGCGUGUCUUAAUGGAGAUGAAAAAGGCUGGAGUUCAACCCAACGCUAUUACUUACGGAUACUACAACAAGGCUGUUCUGGAAAGUCCCUGGCCGAGUAGGAACCGCAGUGGAAUAUUCAUGUGGACCAAAAUGAGGAACUUGGUACGAGGAGUGGUGCAGUUUAAACAAGCACUGCGUGGGACAGCUCCACAUAAAGGACCUUCUCUGAUAACUACAGGUGGUCAGUCUGAUCAGGGUUAUGGAUCUAAGGACGAGCUGCCCCAGGACCCCACAGAUGCUCCUAUAGCCUCUGCUCCCCUCUCCAGUGACCACACCAGCAGCAGCAAAGCCAGCAAGGCCCAACAGAAUGGGGAAGAUAUCGCUAGCUCUGUGGACAGUGUUGUAGCUGUGACGGAGCCGUCCAGUCCUGCUGAGAUGGCGCUUCCUGCCAGCAUUGUUAAACUGUCCACUGGGAGUUUUGACAGCAAUGCAGGCAGAGAAACCGCAGGUGUUAGCACAGGCAAGCUCUUCAUGCCCCGCAAAAAGAGUGAAGAUAUAGCCCUGCCUGUGGAGGAUGAUUCCACAAACCCAGAUUCUGUCUGUCAAACUGCACAGCAGCAGAGAGUGAAAGCGUUUGCGGAGCGCAGCUGCAGUUUCAGUGCAGAAAGCAAAGCAGGCAUGCUGCAAAAAAAGGGCAGUCUGGAGAUCAGCGUAGAUCAUAUGGGCGCUGAUGCAAAAAUCCUCGCUGCUGCUUUCCCUGGCAGCCUCACCCCUCCACCUUCUGCAACUGUCCCUCCCUUUAAGGAGUUAAAGGCGGAGUCCAUGCUAAGCCCCACCCUCAUGGAGGAGGAACUUGAAUAUAAGCAGCAAAUGGAUCACGGGACAAAUUCUGAGGGACAUGGGAAGAAUAAAGUGGAGGAACAAAGAAAAGAGGGAGAUUCAGUGGAGGUGACGACACCCCCAGGGAUUGAAGGAGUUGAGCGGAGCAUAAGCAUUGGCUCCACCUCCUCUAAAACAGUGGAGAGGGAGGAUGUUGAGAUGGGGGCGGAUCCUCUCUCGGUCUUCGCUUCGGAAACGGAGGACGCAGCCUCGAUUCAAAGCCAGGAGUCCACGCGCCCCUUUCCAGCUGUGGUAUCCAGGAAACUUGCAGAUGAAAUCGAGAUGUACAUGAGCUUAAAGAGUCCACUGGGUGCAAAAUCUCCCAGCAUGGAGUUGCAACAGGGGGCAAACCGUGACUUGGGUGACUGUCCAGAUUCGCCAGCAGUUAAGCAGCCUUUGGAAAGGAGAUCGAGCCUACCAGCCGGCCCUGUCAAAGGACCUAGUUUAACAGAGACUCCGAAACGAAGCCCUGCCGUGACCCGCUCAAAGACCUUCGCCGUCAAGUCACCCAAGACCCCGGGCUCUGCAGGUCAAAGGUCAUCGUCGCUGACCGCACUUGUGAAGUCGUCACAGAGCAGCUCAUUGGGAUCUGUCAUCAACUCCAUAUCAGGAAUCAAGAUGGACUCACUGCUGUCGGGACCUAAAGUUGAUAUGCUGAAAUCAGGCAUGAAGCAGGCAGCCAAUGUGGCCAGUAAGAUGUGGGAUGCGGUGGCCUCAGCUUAUUCCUACUCUGAUGAUGAGGAGGAGAAUUCCCAGCCCAGAGACAGUUUCCCAGCCAGGCUGGAAGAACAGUUUCUGUCCUCUGAGGGAACAACAGACACCCCAAGAGGCCUAAUGCCCAGCCUGGCAUCAAACGGGCUCACACGCAGCAACACCAGCCUGGGUAGCAGCAGCGGGAGCAGUGAUACCGGCCGUGGUCAGCUGCCAAUACCUUUGACUCCAAGCCGGUCUAUGAGAGGCGCAGACUCUGAAAGGUCUGAACACAGUUCCUCAAAUCAUGCCAGCACCUCCAGCAUUUACCAGAAUUGCGCUUUAGAGGUCCUCAUGUCGAGCUGCUCUCAGUGUCGUUCAUGUGAGGCUCUGGUGUAUGACGAGGAGAUCAUGGCAGGCUGGAUGGCAGAUGAUUCCAACCUCAACUCCACCUGUCCGUUCUGUCAGAUUUCUUUCCUCCCUCUGCUCCACGUAGAGUUCAAUGACCUGCGUACCACACCAGGCUUCUAUUUGAAGUCGAGCACAUCAGGAGACAGUAUACACAGCUCCAGCACUCAACCGGCCACCUCUGGUUCCUCAGAGGUCAAAGUGGGCAGUCUUAGUGACCCUCCUGACCUCAUGAGCUGCCCUGAAUCGCCUGAGGAUGGCGAGGGUUCUGUUGAGAUAACCGUUUCUCAAUCUGGAAAUUCCAAGAUUCUUGUGCCAGAGCCAGUGCAUUCACACCCCCUGGGUCUACUGGAGAGGCAUGCUGAGAAGCGCAACACCUCUUUGACUCGCAGUAACAGUGCGGGUGGCCCUCUGCAGAGCCUGGACUGCACACAGUGGCCCAGUCACGGUAUAUCCACCACCAGUCUGCCCACCAGCCUGCUAGAGGUGGCGGACACUUUGGGUCAAAAGAGACCAAACCCCAAACCAGUUUCUGUGCCGUAUCUCAGUCCACUGGUCCUGCGCAAAGAGCUGGAGUCUCUAUUAGAGAAUGAGGGGGAUCAGGUAAUAUAUACCCAUAAGUUCCUUAGUCAACAUCCCAUCAUCUUCUGGAACCUGGUGUGGUAUUUCUGCCGCUUGGACCUACCGAGCGUUCUGCCUGGACUCAUCCUAACCUCUGAACACUGCAACAAUGGAGUACAGCUGCCGCAGACAUCUCUGUCUCAGGACAGUAAGCUGGUAUAUUUACAGCUGCUGUGGGACAAUGUGAACUUACAUCAGGAGCCCACUGAGCCCCUUUAUCAGCUCUGGAGGACCUUCUUGCAAAGAAAGGGAACUCUAGCCCCCACUGACCACCAAGAGACAAGGACUCUGUUGAACAGCAUUGUACGCAACAUCCAGACAAACGAUGUUUACGGCCCCAUCAACUUACUCCUCAGAGAGAUCAAGAAACGGCCAGAUGUAAAGCGACAGAGGAGCAUCUACAGGGAAAUUAUGUUUCUGUCACUUGUUGCUUUGGGGAAGGAUAACAUAGACAUUGAGGCCUUUGAUCGCGAAUACCGUCUUGCAUACGAUGAGCUCAGCACAGAGCAGCUCAAAGUCCUGUCCCCCAUCGACAAACCACCUAGCAAAAGCGUGCAAUUGUGUCUCAAGUGCUUCGGAGCCCCAUUUAUCUGAUCUAACCCACAGUGCCUGUUGAAUCUCUGAGGCACGGAGUGGAUGAUGAUUUGUGGAGACAAACUCUUGUACAGUCGUUUCGUUUGUGUGCACUAUCCCCAAGAAAAUGUACCAGAAUAAAAGUGUAUCGUCUCGUUUGCUCUGAAAUUCCUGAAUGUGUCAUGCCACGAAAUGUGUACAGCAAGUAGAAACUGCGUUUUUACCAUGUUGGCCUUCAGACGUUGUGCAAGCUCUGUUCGGACUGCAAUGGAAAUAAAUGAUGAUCUCGGUGUGGGGUGAAAAAAUCUUCACACAGAAAGACUUUGGAAGUUCUCAACACACUGCCCUUCUAACUUCAGCCUACCCACUUGUCUUGUGUAUAUGGGGACAGCGUUCUGGAGAGGUUACAGUGACAAUGGUCUUAUUCGAUGUGCACUUCCAGAAAUGGUUGCUUUGUCGUUCUUCUCCAUUGUUGCAUUGUGUUUUUAUAUAUGUAUUUUUCUACAUUGGGAUAUUUGAACUGUUGCCUUUCUCAAAGUGAGGGAUCGUGAUCUAGAUUUCUGCUGAGCCCAUAAAGGUAAACCUGGGUCAUGAUUGUCACAGUGCAUCGUGAGAGGUUUGCGGUGUGUGUGUGUGUGCGUGUGUGUGUGUGUGUUUGUGAAUGUGUGUAUGUUUGUGUGCAUUGCCUAGACCACACCAUAAGAUACUGUGACAGCGGAUAAUCAAAUUAAUUCCAGAACAUUCCAGAAUGCAUCUCUAAUGUCUUAAAGAGAGGGUGGAAUCAUUACGAGGGAUGUAUAGUAGUAGAAUUUGGAGAAUUUUUUCUUAAAAAUACUAUCCAGACCUUAAUAUUUGCUAGUGAUGUAUUGGGGGAGUAUCAUGAAAUGCAUUGGGAAUUUAGGAGUCAACUUAUGAAGUGAUUUAUCUCAUUCAUUUAUUCAUUCAUUCAUACACAUGCUUGUUUUUCUUCACACAUUUACAAAAGAACAGUUUGUAAUCUCUCCAUACUGAAUGGAUACAGCAAUGACUCUUACACAUCAGAAAAGAAAACGUCCAUUGAACGUCCUGCAAGAAUGUAUAGCUAAUUUGUUUUAUUGUUGCUUUUUAAUCUCCUAGAUUUAUUCUUAUGGGAUAGUAGUGUCCAUUCAUUUCCUGAGCAGAAAACUCAGUCUUAAAAUCUAUUUUGCAGUCCCGUUGUACAAGUGAAUCCAAAGGAUGUAUAAACCUUCCAGAUACUUUCAUUAGAAAAUAAAUCAGAGAAGAAACUGAAAUAGUUAUUGUGCCUUGUUAUCUAGCCAAGGUAGAAUUUAUAGGAUUUGUAAAACUGAAGAUUUAUUUACUACUAAUAAAUUAACAUGAUAGAGUGCAAUUGGUCUGCCUUAAUUUAUUUAUCAUUUUAAUUCUUACUAUUUUAGUUGACUGAAUAUAUGUAUUUUUGAUAGCCAGUGUAAAUGCAACAUUAUCCCUUGGUUUAUAGUCCCUUGAAAUGAUCCAAGUGUAAACAAAUAUCUGGCAUUAACAAAUUACUAUUUUGUCAUAUCAUUAUCCAGAUAAUGUUAUUGUGUGUGAUGCUCAUGUAUACAACUGUAUCCCCAAGAACAACAGAGUACAGUGAAUACAAAUCAAAAAUAGCUGUUUAACCCAGAGCUCACUAAAUCUAGAAUACAAACUAAUGUUCAGUGAGAACAAGAGCAAGACAGGUUAGCAUAUACCGUAUGUAUAUAUCACAAUGCAUUUUUUUGUUCUGGACAGAUAUAGACUGUAUGUCCUAGCAGAGCAGAUGUACCAUUGUCUCAUUGUUAGUCUGUAUGUUUGCAUUGCUUGGCCACUUAAAAGAGAAAAGAACUAUUGAGGUUAUGUGCAUCAAACUGUUGAAGAAUGAUCAUCUGGAGCUUUAUUGUUUAUUAGGAAGUGAUUUAAUCUGUGUCCAGUAUAUCUGUUCUGAAACCUUACUGCAUACAAUGACGACGUGACCCAUUCGGCGCUCUCAUUCUGCAAUAUGUCUGGUUUCUUAUCUAUCAUUUUAUUUACUGGCUACAAACUAAAACACAUUGAUUUGACCGACUUGAGAGUCCCAAAAUAACUGCCGUUGUUUUUUCAGACUAUGGUUGAGCUUAAGCAUUUCAUUCCUAUAAUAAUAUACUAAUGUAGCAAUUCAACUCAAGAUAUAGCCUGACAAAAUUGUGUUUGUUACAUUAUUUUCACACCGUAAAUGUGUAUAAUUAGCCUCAAGAAUGGAUAAUACUGACAAACCAAAAAUAUAUUGUUGUGACACUUGUGAAAUGUAUAUACAUCAUGUGAUUAACAUUCACAGGUCUUAAACUAAUGCUGUGUAAGAGUUGGAUAUUGUCAGCUUACAUAAAGCAAUGCGUGAGUAUCUUUGUACCUUGAUGUCUUUAAACCAUGAAUUGUAGGAUUGCAGUUAUAGAUACAAAUUAUAAGAGCUAAUCAUAAACGGGGUUUAAAAUGGCAUAUAUGAUACAAUUUGUCUUCUUUUACCAUCCUGUGAAGUGGAAGUGCAUUUGUCACACUGCAAUAAAUACAUUUUGCCCUGGAUUAAGUGUCUUGAUAACUU